UAUUAAGAAAAUCGGGCUCUCGCUCGUGUUUCAGUCGUCGUCGCGUGGCAGUACGAAAAAGUAGGCGAAGCCUUGCGGGGGCAAAGGUUUCCACCCAAUGAAUCACAGUAUGUCUGCUGGGCCCCGAAAAGAUGUGAGCUCGCUCAUCCUGUCAAUCGAGCUGUCAGGGUGACAGGUAAAUUAGCAGCCUCGUCAUGCUGCUUUCCCACAAGCGCUAGCGAGGAUAGGACUGAAAGCGGCACCAUCAUCAUCAAGUCAAACAAAGCGAUGAGGAUUAUGAUCGCAGCCACUGAUUCCCGGUGCCGGAUAAGCACCUGACCCACUUCCAGGGAAGCGCUCUUGCAUUUCGUGCAUGCACGGUCUCGUCCGAGCCAGCGGGCUCCUUGCAUUUCGUACAUGCGCGGUCUCGAUUUUCAUCGCGCAAGAGGGAGCCUGGCCCUCACAGACACUGGCUGCGUCUCAGAGUGUGUUCCGCGUGAGCCUGGCGGGCUUCUUUGACGCUGGCGCAUUAAAUAUAUAUCUUAGAAAGAUAGUCCUUUUCCUUUAGCUGAGAUUAAGGAGCUCAGCAACGCCGCCACUUUGUUUGCCUCGUUCCGUCCCGAGAAGCAGAAGCUCGAAGUCCACCGCUUGCGAUUCCUUUGAUGAGGCUCGUCUUGUCGACGUCGUCAUUUAUGACCGUUGUUCGCCCCAAUCGAUAGGUUCUUGCGUAGUACUUAGCCAAGAACAUUCAUUCAUAGCUAUACAACUGGACCAGGAAAAGGCAAAAGGGCCUCAUACUAAAAAUCAGACAAGACCGCCGGCAAAGCCUCUCUUUUCAAAAGUACUUAGCAUCAGUAGCAAAUGAGAAGUGUCGAUAAUUAAAUAUGAAAAUAAUGUAGCAGAGAACAAAGUCGUACAAGUACUGAAACUAAUUAUAUUCAUCGCAUCAAUAGUACCGCUUCACCUUCAGCUACAUUAACGUCAUGGUCGCAGGUGACGCGUUAGAUGGGUGGGCCUGGCGGGUCGAGAGGGAGGUGACUGGGGCCGGCACCGCUUGGGCUGACGCUCAGCAGGCGAAGAUGAAAGAUAUGGAGGAGGCCCGAAGCCGGCUGGAGAUCAGCGAAGAAUUGCAUGCGGAGCUGGACGAGCUGACCACCGAGUGCCUGCUUUUGGAAGAUGAGCGCGUUGCCACGGAAACGCGAAUCAAGGAGCUGGAUAUCACGCUGCAAGUGGAGAAGGAGCAGCAGCACGCACGUACGCUGGCCUACAACACCAGUAACUCAUCUUCCUGCUCUUCGGGAAGCUUCUCGGGAAGUGGCAGUGCCGCUUCCUCGACGAUGCUAAUAAAUCUCAGCUCGCACAGUCUCGCAGGGACGUCGGCAGGCAGCUGGGACCUGCACCAGCAAAACUUUGACGAACAUGUACGCACCUACUUCUCCACCAUCUCGCGCAGGUUGGGCCUCGACAUCGACGUAUUUCACGAACACUACGUUAACGGAGAGCCUGUGGAUUAUGUCAGGUAAGAGCGGUCGAUGUCGUGUAAAGUUUAUAUAGAUAUACCCAAACUACAAACUGAAGCAUCACACAUAAUUAACUACCGUUGCCGACUUAAAAUAAAUUCUUGCUCGUGGAGCGAGAUUUUUGCGUUCCCACAUUUGAUGACUUGGCUACGACCAUCAUGAAGCUACUGCCCGUGUUGCAAUUGCAGCAGGCUUUGCCGAAGAACAUGAACAGUCUUUACGGAUGAAAACUUUGACCACAGCACGAUGCCAGUGACAGAGGAAAACUGUCGAUACCGCUUAACUUUUCGCGAUCUGACCCCGGACAAGAAUCGCGUUUUUACUGCAAUCAUCAAGCUCGCUCCGAUGUUAUCAGUGAUCGAGGCGGACCCCGCGUUGGACCCGAUAUUUUUGCAAACUUUGGCGGACUAUCAAAUGCUAAUGCAAAUUGUUUAUAUCUGGGGCCGAAAUAAUGAUAAAGGUGCUGACUUUGACUUUUUCAUGAAGAUUUUGCUUGUUCAUGAUCACGUAAGUAUAUGCGCAUCUUGUUCUUGAUCUUUCACACCUGACCCUGAAGACGUCGUCUCGUCGUCAGCUCUUGAAAACGGGUGGAUGAGCUGACUUCGGGAAGCGUCCGUGGGGUGCGUCAGCUUUGUUGGCUUUCUGCUCUUUAGUGAAAUGGAGAGCAAUGCGAAUGCAUGGGAAUGGAGUGCAAUGCAUGGGAAGUGAUCACGUUCUUUGAUACAUACCCACCUACCCUUGGCCAUGGUGGUCUGUUGAAUGUAUGCAGAUGCCUGUCUCGUCGUGCGAUUCAUUCUCGUACCCAGAGGGUUGCUAGGCCUCGCUGCCGAUGCUGUCGGGCAGCCGAUGUUUAGAAGUAGCAAAGGGCCGGUCACCGUAUCGCAAGGUAACGUUAUUUCACACCCAGGCCUCAUAUUUGCAAGGCAUACGGACUCGGCGGGGAAAAACCAGAUGUCGCUCGCUCGCUUCGUCGUUGGGCUGCGUCGCGCCUUUAUUGCGCGGUACUACCCCUGAUCGAUGAAGAGCAUGCUCGUUCGGCUCGUUCGCUGCGGUUGGCAUGUAGUGCGUCUUCAUCAUGGCGCAAUUUGAAGUCGAAUACAUAGAAAAGGGCGCGCUAUGUGGUUCAUGAGAUGUAAUAAAUAUAAUUUUAAUUAUUUGUACGUAAGAAGAAGAAACUCUCCGCGACUGCGUCGCGGGGCAAGCAUUGUAUUUGUUCUUCCCGUGGGUUAUGAAAGAAAAGAGAGUUUGCGCGUCAAGUAUUUUUGUAUUUGAUGUUGUUCAGGAUUGGAUAAGGUUAAGGCGCCGGCUUGUUCCGCAUGUUCCGCUUCCCCAGUUCGCGCUUGCUUGCCUCCUCUGGCAGCUUCGAGUAUAUUAUACUCGAAGCUGCGAGAGGAUAGCUUUAGUUUUGCAUUUGUCAUAAUUUCAAAGCAAAGAAGAGCACCGCCCCCUUCGUUUCGUUCCGCCGUCCACUGCCUGAAACAAAUCCGCAACAACAAAAAUGCAAAUCCUUGACACUUGUCAGGCGCAGCGAUAUUCUUUUUGAUAGAGCGAUAAAAAAAAAGAAGAACGAGGCAGCACGAUAUGAACGCAAAAAGAGCAGCGGACUCGAUUGAUCGAGCAACAGCAAUGCUCUUUUUUGGCGUUUGCGUUCGAAGAAAUAGGCGUGGGCGCAACGAAAAGCAAUAAAUUUGAUAAAGCUUCUGAAGAGCUUCCGAAGAGUCUUCUGAAGAGCUUCUGAAGAGUCUUCUUAAGUCUGGGGAUUCUUCUCAAGCUUUCGCGCACCUUCUGGAGAGUCUUCAGAAGGUUCACCUUCAGAAGGUUGACAAAUAGCAAAUCUUCUGAAGGUGUGCCACUUUCAAUUUUGGCAUUUUUUGACAACCGAGACAAUUUCCGAAAAACCUGCAGACGAUUUUCAGUCUUCUGAAGGUUUUCUGUAAGUGUCUCGAUUUUUGUUCAUUUUUUGAAUGUAAAAUCUGGCCGUCUUCUGAAGGUUUGCGACGUCAUCAAAAAUGGCCGACCUUCAGAAGACUGCCUACCUGCUGAAGGUGCCAAGCAGUUCACUUUUUCGUCUUCUGAAGGUUUUUUCGUCAAAAAAUCGAAAAAAUUCCUCAGAAGGUGACAAAAAAACCUUCAGAAGACUGAACCUUCUGAAGGUUGCAAAAAAUGAGCUGUAAUUUCGUUUGCGCGAGCUAACGCUGCGCUUUUUACACUGAAAAAUAGACGGCCAGUUUUUUUGACCUCCUGAAGGUUGAAAAUCAAACUUCCACCUUCAGAAGCUCUUCAGAAGGUCAAACCUUCAGAAGCUUGGGGAGGAGCAAAUACAUUUCUUGCCCCUAUAGAAUAUAGAUUGAAGAUCAAGAUCUGCAGCUGCUGCUGGAAUAAUCUACCUAAGGUAUCGCUACC